AUUUGUCUGUAUGUUUAUUAAUAAGUAAUUUACCUAUUUUUCUAAAUAAUAGAUAAUGCACUGACAUAAUAAAUCUUCAAUGUUUAUCAAUAUAAAGUUAAACUCUUUCAACUUAACUGUAGUAAAUAUUUUAGAUCACAGUCCUUGGGGUGAAUCGGGUGCUAAGAAAUGAUUGGUGUAUUAUAAUCUAACAGUGAUUGUUAUCAAAUUUCGUAGUGCUUUCUCAAUCAUGCAAAAUUUAGUUUUUCCUCGAAAAAUAAAUAAUUGUUUCUGUUUACAUUGGUGUAUUAUAAUUUAAUCUCCCCGAAUGGUUUUACCAUUAAGUGGGUCAGUAGUGUGUGAAGACAUUUUUUUUUUCAAACUGUAUUAGGGAAAUACUGUAAAAUGAAUGACAAAAAGUUAGUUCAGAAUUUCAAGAGUUAUAUCAACGUAUCUGCGAGCAAUGGAGAAAAGAAUGGGUCUAUUCAUGACUUGAAGCCGAAGCUUUUAAAUGGCGAGCUGGUAGUCGGUGCGGCGCCCAGCGUGGUGCUAGCGAGUCCGCUGAGCGAGCCCGAGCGAGGCCGCCUGGGCGCGCUCUUCGUCACCAACUACAAGCUGACCUUCGUGCCGCUCGACGCAUCUGCCAACGAUGAUUAUGGACAAAAGAACCACGUGGUUGGUGUCUUUGAUGUGCCUCUUACGUGUGUGGGUGCAGUGUGGCUCACAGACGGUAGUGCAGUUAGAAGGAGACGGCUGAUGCCACGCGUCGAUAUACCGCCUAAACUGAAAGGGAUGCAGAUAGUUUGUAAGAAUAUGAAAGUGCUAACAUUCAACUUUACCAAUUCACCUAUAGGCAGCGGACGAAAGAUUGUAAUGGCGCUCUUGCACCACGCGUUUCCCAAACGACACGACUUACUGUUUGCGUUCGAGUACAGAGAGCCCUACUACCCUACGUUACCGUCAGACAUGAACAUGUUCCAACGAGUGGGUGACUGGAAACGCGAGCUAGAGAGAUGUGAAUGUCCUCACUGGAGAAUUACUUGUAUCAACGGCACUUCGGAUGCCUUCAUGCUGACUGCCGGGGAGACGUUGAUAGUGCCCAGUUCUGUUCUGGAUUAUAAUUUGAUGGAGUCGUCGCGACACUUCAGGUCUGGAAGAGUGCCUAUAUGGGUCUGGGGGAGGGCUGAAGGUGCGGCGCUGUUGCGUAGUGGAGAGUUGUUGCCGACCGAACAGGCCGCCACUGCGGAGAGUGUGUUGUUGGAACAGGUGCGGCGCUCGCACCCCAAGCUAACGCCGCCGCACGUGCUGCACGUGUGCGGCACCAGCUCCGGCGGCGCCCCGCACGUGCUGCCGCCGCUGCCCGCGCUGCUGGCCUCCUACAAGAAGAUGGCGGACCUGUGCACGCCCACCACGCUGUCCGGCUUCUGGGUACAAGACUCCCAGUACUACUCGAUAUUGGAGUCCAGUCGAUGGCUGCGGUACGUGUGCAACUGCAUCGCGUUUGCGGACGACGCGGCCGCGCAUCUCGCUGACAACGUCACCGUCGUGGUGCAAGAAGGUGACGGAGUGGACUACAGCGCCGUGGUGUCGAGUCUGACGCAGCUGUUGCUGGACCCUCGCUAUCGCACCAUCAGCGGCUUCCAGUCGCUGGUGCAGAAGGAGUGGCUCGCGCUCGGACAUCCCUUCGCUGACAGAUUCGGUCUUCCCCGGCCCGGCCUAACCAAAGAGGAGAUAGAGAAAGAGCCGCCGUCGCAGGUGGCUCCCGUAUUCCUGCUGUUCCUGGACUGCACGUGGCAGCUGCAGCACCAGUUCCCGGCCGCAUUCCAGUUCAGUGAGACGUACCUCACCACGCUGUGGGACUGCGCGCACAACCAUCUGUUUGACACCUUCCUGUUCAACUGUCCCCGGGACCGGGAGCUGGCGCUCGCCAAGAAUUUCGUCCAACGGCCAGUGUGGGACUGGCAGGAACAGUUCAGUGAACAAGACAUCGCGUUGUUCUACAACCCGCUGUACACGGGACACUCGGCCGCGCAGCGACUGUCCGUGUCGUCGGCGGGCCGGUCCCGCCUGCGGCCCAGCACCAACAUGGCGUCCGUGGAGCUGUGGUCGCAGUGCUACGAGCGCUGGCUCAGUCCCUUGGACGCGCCGCACGCCGGCCGCGUGCAGCACCUCGUGUUCCACUCGCACGUGCGGGCGCAGAUCGCUAAACUGAACGAGAGGCUGUCGUCCCUGUCCAUCCUCAGCAGCCGACAGAACGGAGCCGAGACCGAGAGCGACCCUCGGCCGGUCGUCUCUCGCUUCUACCCGUUCAGCAGCAAGACCAACGACUCGGUGAAGCCGGGCCUCAACGCGAUGCAGGUCAGCCUCAUCGACGCCACGCAGCUGCUCGACUCGCAGAGUCUACUCAACGCGCCCGACUAACAUCUCCCCAUUACCCUACUCAAGUUUAUUUUCUACCGAUUUGGAAGAGCUUUAGUGUUCGCGUUUUUUAAUCAUGUAAAUAAUUUGUAACCAUUAAGGUUUUAUGUAUAAAGUAGUAAUUAUUUUUAUACUUUUAGUCUAAGAAAUCCUGCAAAUUUACCGACAAAUUGCAUCCCAAUCAAGCUUUUUUAUUUAGGUUUUAUCCGACAUUUAAAAAAGGAAACAAUAUAGAACCAUGCUGUUACCUUUUUGGGAUUUGUCGCUUUUUAAGUGUCCACUAAUUUUAAUGAAUGUUUUUGUUUAAGAUUUUGUUCUAAAUUACGAUUACCUUCUAGCUCUAUAUGAUGAUUUGACACUUCAAUUUCCUCUUAAUGCAUUAUAUGUUACAUAAAGAUGUACAAAACGUCGCUAGAUGUUGCCUCUGCAGAAUAACGUGAUAUAUCAAUGGGCUACCAAAGUGUAUAAGUGCGAGCGAGCGCACCAUAUCGACAAUACUACUCCCUCGCUAUCUGUGCCCACGGCAUAGCGAGCAAUAGUGAUACUUAGACUAGUUUAUUAAUUAUAAUAUAGAAAUAUAACAAGUCUUAUUGUGUUAAAUACAUAAAUAAGUAAUCUAUUAUAUUGUAUAGUCACUAUAGUGGAUUCUUCGUUCACCAUUGAAUGGUCCAUGACUGUUACACAUGUAGCAUUAAGUAACUAGAACAAGAUGAAUGUCAAUGAACAAAAGUAUAUUCACAAGCUAUUGUUUUUAAGUAUGCAAAUAUAAUAGUAACAGCAAUAAUAAUAACAGCUUACCGGUUACCAACCUGGCACACACAGUUGACUGAAAAUCGACUAUUAUAAAGAUUUCAAAUUGCGACAGCGCAAUUUAUUGAAGUGAUAUAUUUUUAUAUUUACUACCAUUGGCAAGACAUCGAUUACUUGAUUAUAAAAUGAGUGUUUACUUGUAAUUUAGUUUUGUUUUGUACAAUUCUAUUGUAACUGUUAAAGUUCUAUUUUGUAUUGUUCUUAAUCACAUGUACAUCUGUACACUUUUAUUGUUUAGUACCUACGUAUAUAGUUAGUACUUUUGAAUAAUAUUUUAUGAUAUAUUUGAGUUCACUAUUUGGUAGAAAAUCCGAUGAGUAUCAUGGUUCGUAACUGUUGCUUUUUGAUUGUUCAAACGUUGAUAUGAAUGCUUCUGUUUUAACUAAUUCGCGAUCCACAAGCCUUUGCGGCUGCUGUAUUUGGAUAAUAUUUGAGUGUUUACUUUUGACUUAAAUUUGUCUGUUUGUAUGUCCAUAGUUGUGUUAUGAUUAACUUUACGUAGCACGCCUGGUGAGACAUUUACGAUACUCGAUGACGAGAUGUUUCGCGAACAUAUAAGUGGAAUAAAAGUAAAAACAUGGUCGCCGCGCGGACGCUUCGAUUGCACGCUGAUAGCGGGGCGCGGGGAGGCGGGCACACGGACCUGUCGGCGCUUGCGCCCAACUAAUUACGAAAGAGUCGCGCACUCAGCUGUGUCGUAUCUAUACAUCAUUUAUUUAUAGGUAUUUUUUUUUUCAUAAAUUGGAUACGUAAUUAUAAUGAGAACCGAGUACCGUCUCCAUAAAGUAUAUCAUUAAUGUAUCACCAGUCGGUACAUAACUAUACAUGUAUAGAAAUAUUUGUUUAAUUAUAUAGUGGCAACAGGUCAUUUUAAUAUGUAAUUUAGUAGUAAUAGUGAUAUAUAUAAAUGAGGCGCCGUAAUGUAUGUACGCGUAUAACUCGUUAAUGGCUGAUAUAAUUCUAUAAUUUAUAGUCGUAUUAUAUUUUCUGAUAUAAUCAAAGGAUAAUUCUUCUUUGUUGUAUUUAAAAAUUGUCAGAACAAGCUUUGUAUUAAAGGAAAUUAUAAAAUCCACAGAAAUCGAUUAAUUUGUGGAGAAUAUUAAUCAAAGUGGAACAUCUGCUUAUCUUCCGAGAAAUAGCAGUAUCUAAGUAAUAUAUUAAAACCACACAAAAAGGCUUACCUACAUAUUAGGUACAAUAAAAAUAAAAUCGGCUAUAAAAUAAUUAUUAAAGUGUUAGAGCCAGGAGUACUCACCUGCCAUCAAGUCAACAAACUCGAUUGUUGAAGAUAAACAAUUGUAAUUGUUUCAUUUAUUUACUUCAAAGAAUUACGAAUUUAUACAGUUUGGAUAACAGGUUGUAAUCAAGUACUACUGUAUGCCAAACUCGUUAAAUUAUGUAUUUAAUUUACAUUUCAACGUUAAGAGCACCGACUGGAGCUUGUUAUGUCGUAAGCCGAUAUAUCUUGUGACGACAAACUGUCGUCACAAGAUAUAUCGGUGUGUCGUUACAAACAUUUUAUUUCAUUUUGUAUGUGGGGUAAAAUCCUUAAAAUACAUUUUUCUAAAGGUCUUAACAAAUCUAUGGAGCUAUCGCUCAUAUUUUUAAAAGUUUUAUAUCAAUUUUUCACGUUUUUGAAUCGGGCUAUGGAUAGAAAAAUCAGAUACAAAUAUACCACAAUAUAAUAUCGCUAGUAACCUUGAAAUAAGCGUAAAAAUUACCUAAUAAGUUGUAUCAAAUACGACUUAAUGGUUGGAGAACAAUUAAUAGUUACUCUUGUGUCAAUAACAGACCAUAAUAUAAAAAUUUACAUUUUUUUGCAUUUUACACUACAUAAUUAAAAAUUAUAGGUAUUAUAAAGCCAUGAUAUACAGUUAUUGCGAACUCUCUUGAUAUUCACUUGGUUGACUAGACAAAAUUUCAUAAUCUUUUUAUUAGGACGAAUCUUUCGUAAGAAUUCUAGUGUAAAUACUUUUUUAAUAUAUUUAAUCAUGGUAGCUUGGCUCCCUUUAAAUGUAUUAUAAUUUGUUUUUGUUACAAAAUUCUAUUAUGUAUUUAGGUUUUCUCUAUGCUUAUACAAUUUGUGUUCCAUCCAAUAUAUAUAAUUGUAGAUAGUUCUGAAUUGGUCAUUUUUUCAUUACACACUGGGGUUUACAAAUUUCAUUUACAUACCAAAAUUGAUUGAUAAUGCCCAUGACACUCGGGAUACGCCCCAACGCUUUAGCCUAGUAGAAGCAGAAAGUAAAUGACUCAUGCUGUAGUUGCGAUCAAGAGCUCAUGUUUUGUUCUCCUAGGUUUCCUCUGCUCGUGCUGAGCAGGGUGUGGUCUGCGGUAGACCUUCAGAGACACCGUUAUCACAAUACACAUCGAUAGCUUGAUUUGUAGUGAGCGGCGGACCUCACUGAAUUAUGUGGAUUGUAGGAGAUCUAUCAGGUUUAUUUAGAGUGUGACAAACUUUUAGUGCCCUCUGCCGUAAACAAUAGAAUAAUUAAUAAUAUUGGUUUGUGAAUUAAUUGAUAUAAACAUUCGAUCAUAUUAUUAUUAUAUUGUGACGUAUCAUGUGAAGCCUGGCGUGGUAAGUUAACACAGGUUAUUACGACUUCAUAUUAUUAUAUGUAUUUAAGUGAUAUGUGAAAUAGUUCAAGUCCGUACAGCUAACAGUAAAAUAUGUUGUCACCGGUGAAUAAAUUAAUAUUAAGUGGCCACCUACGUCCAUAGACUUACAAUAUCCGAGCGUAUAAGGAAAAUGAUCUAUUGUUACCGAAACCUAUUUUCAUAGACAGGUCGUAAAGAGUCAGCCACGUUUGAUAUUACCUCCUUAGUGGGUCGUAGUAUAUAGACAACAAUAGAUUCGUUUACAUUUUCUAUCCUACGUAAGAGAUGUCCUUGUUUGUGUAUAGAAAAGUGUAUGGUAAGAGACGAAUAUUGAGUUGUAUAUAUACAAGCGUUUAUUAUGAUCGGUGGUCGUAGUGUACCUUAGUAGUAGUAGAGUUAUAAUAAUUAUAUUUUGUCCUUGUAACUAACAGAAAGUGAACUGUGUGGUGGAUGGUGGGUUUGAUUGAACGAUGUUGUAAAUAUGGCAGCUCUAAUGAUUGUUGUUAAUAUUAAGAAAAAUAAUAUAUUGAUUAUAUAAUAUUAAUUAUUAACUGUAUUAGGAGAAAGAAGGGGGUUAUUUUUGCGACCAAUGUCGCUGCACUUCUAAAAUAUAUUUCAAAUCGAAUUCGGUGUUUUAAGAAAAAACAGUAUUUAUACUUAAAUUUUGAAAUUGUAGUAUGGUAAGUUAAUAAUUGGGCAUAAAUUUUACCACAAACAUAAUAUCUAUAUAUAUAUAUAUAAAUUAAUUGCUGUUCGUUAGUCUCGCUAAAACUCGAGAACGGCUGGACCGAUUUGGCAAAUUUAGGUCUUGAAUUAUUUGUGGAAGUCCAGAGAAGGUUUAAAGGUGAAUAAAUAGGAAAAUGCUGCUAAAUUAAAAAAAACAACAAAUUUGUUUUUCCUUUGAUGUGUCCAUACAUAAUUUCUAUGAGAGAAUUUAUUGACGCACGGUUUGACAGUUUUGCUGUGAAACAAUUUCAUUACGACAGCAGGGUGCAUAUUUUACGAAGUAAUUUUUGAUGUUAUGAUAUAUUAUUGACAAAUUCAUAUAAAAACAUUAUUUUAUUUAUCAUAGACAGAACAACGUCUGUCAGGUCAACUAGUUAUCAAUAUAGAUAAUACAUAUAUUCUAUUGUAAAAGUAUAUUUUUAUAACGCUGCUGAAGUGUAUUAAUACAUUGUUGGUAGGUAUUAAUAAUAUAUAUGUGUAGAUAUGUACGAAGUACUUUGUGUUUAUCACGUGUACAUUAAGGAUAACACAUGUUCUGUGUCACCGUUAGGUGUAGCCAAUAGUUAGCUUAGCCAUACAAACUUAUAUGUCGAGUGCCAUUUUAUUAAAUUUUCAGUUUACGGUUUAUGUCACAUCAAAUAGGAAUGUGUUAUUUAAAAUUAUGUACGGAUUUGUCUUUAUAGAAGUAUUAUUAAUACUAAUGCGUAAUACUCAAUAGCCGCGUGUAAAUAUAGGGAUGUGAUGUUACGCUUUCUGUCGGAACUAACGGGGGGUGUUGGUCAGUGAGCGAUACCAAGAGUUAUAUGAAGUAGUCUGGACUUGUCCACGUAUACAUGGAGAAUUUUAAAAUAUAAACAUAAAACUUUCAUUUAUACGUCUAAAUAGAACUCUGACAGCUGUGAAAACUUCGAAAAGAAUUGAGGUUGGUUGUUGAUAUCUAUAUUGAGCAAUGCACGAACAUUAACACGGUGACAUAAAUCGCGAGUGUAAGACGUAGCUUAAUAAACCUGGCCUGUUUUAAUCGGUUGUCUAGCAGCAAGAGGCUCUAUCUAAACGAAUAAAUUAUCAAAAAUAUUAGAUAUUAAAAAUUUAAUACACAGAAAGCGUAUAAGACGAGAGCGCUGAGUUGGAGUGAGGAGAGAGCCGGAAUGGCACGUCACGGUCUACCUUAAGUAAGUUGCGAGACGACGGAACAAUCUGACGGUACUGGUUACAGGGCCGGUGAUCUGGCAACAUUAACACUGAGUACCAGUGUGGAGGUACACAAUAUUGUUAUAUAUGAUUACGAUUAUUAUAAUGUUAUGUACAAUCAUUAUUUAAUGUUAAAAUGUCUUCGAGUGUGUCUUUCAAAAACAGUUACAUGUUGAAAUGUUCAAAUAAAUAAAACAAAAUAUGAAUUA